AGUUCACUAGCGAAAUCAGAGGCUGUGUUGUUUUGCUACAGGUCGGUGAGCUGUGCUUACAGUCUAAGGCGGCUGCAAGUUUUCGAUUUCGAUAUGUUUCAUUUUCAGUAAUUUUGCGCUGGACCAUAUAGCUCUCAAAGAGGAGAAAUAUAACUAGCUACUAUCCCCCGUUCAGUGUCUCCUCUGUUUUCCCAGCAUGAGUUCCCGACGACCAGACAGCUUUGACGGCUUAGGUUACAGGGGUAGGGAGGACCCGUCGUAUGCUGGUGGCUACUCGGGAAGGUCGUUUAAUAAUUCUUCCAGUAUUGAUCUUCAGCACUGGGUCACCACACCUCCAGAUAUCCCUGGCAGCAGAAAUCUGCAUUUUGGCGAUAGCACGCCACAGUUUGAAACGGCCCUGGCUGGAGCCGGAGACGACGUUCAAUCAGCUGCUCCACCGCCUGAUCAAUUGAACAGAUUUGCUGGCUUUGGGAUAGGCCUUGCAAGCCUGUUUACAGAAAAUGUCCUAGCCCACCCAUGUAUUGUAUUUCGACGGCAAUGCCAGGUUAAUUACCAUGCAAGGUGCUAUCACCUGUCUCCUAUGACUGCUCUCAGUGUGAUGUACAACGUCACUAAAACUCAGGGUCCAAAGGCCCUUUGGAAAGGAAUGGGCAGCACUUUUGUGGUCCAGGGAGUGACUCUUGGAACUGAGGGCAUCAUUAGUGAAUGCACCCCAUUGCCAAGGGAAUUAUCACAUAAAUGGAAUCCAAAGCAAAUUGUGGGUCACCUUGUACUGAAAGGUUUAACGUAUGUGGUUGCAAUGCCGUUUUACUCAGCAAGCCUCAUUGAAACUGUCCAGAGCGAGAUCAUUCGGGACAAUCCUGGCAUCCUGGACUGUGUGAAAGAGGGCGUGGGCCGUGUGAUGGGCUUGGGUGUGCCCCACAGCAAGCGCCUCCUGCCUCUGUGGAGGCUGGUAUUUCCUACUGUUCUCCAUGGUGUGUUACAUUACAUCAUAAGCUCCAGUGUGCAGAAGCUGGUGCUGUAUUUCCUGCACUGCCGCAACAGGAGUGACACCUCUCCCAAGCGCGUGGGCCGUGACUCUGGUUCAGAGACUGUCCAGAACAUGCUGGAUGCCUACUUCCCUGAGCUGAUCGCUAGCUUUGCUGCUAGCCUCUGUGCUGACGUGCUUCUCUUUCCUUUAGAAACAGUGUUACAUAGGCUACACAUUCAAGGAACCCGCACCAUCAUCGAUAACACUGACCUAGGCUUUGAGGUGCUUCCAAUUAACACACAGUAUGAAGGUAUGAGGGACUGUAUAAAUGUUAUAUUCCGGGAAGAGGGCACAAUGGGCUUCUACAAGGGCUUUGGCACGGUGGUGAUACAGUACUUGCUACACGCAGCAGUGCUGCAGAUCACAAAGAUGAUCUACUCGACUCUGUUGCAAAAUGCCUGACGGAAGUUUGAUUGACAGGAUCCUUAUUUUUUUUUAUUUUUUUGUUGUGCUUGGGCUAGCUAAUGAGCUCAUUCCAAGGAAAUGUGACCUAAUCAAUAUCCUUUGUUAUUGUUUCUUGAAGCACUUAUAGUCUUGACUUGCAUGAUACACCGAUGCAUCAUCAGUAGUAAUGAAAGAGUGAAGAUUAGCGCAUUUAGAGUUUCUUAGUAGCCCCACCUCGUUUGCCAAGCUAGCCCCAUACCAAUAUGGUCUUGCGCUGUAUAAUGUGCUGUCUUCUUUUGUUAACUCAGUCUCUGCUCUUACUAGACACAGUCUCAAACUGUAGUAUUAUUGCAGCACUUUCUUGUUUGACAACACACAUGGAAUAAGACUGUCUAGAUAUUUACUGUACAUAACAAAUAUAUGCAAAUUGUAAAAUGUCAUUGUUAUUUGAACCUUGUUGAGUAUUUGUAUAUUUGCAGUAAUGUCAAUUUGUGAAAAUGUUUCCAGCCACUGUUUUCACUGCAAACAAAAAUUUUACAAACAAAUAUGAAUAAAAUAUAAAGCACCAUAUAGCAAUAGCUGUUCUAAUGCACAGUUGUUAGUGUGUCAGACACUUGUCAGCAGCAUCUCUUUUGUAAGCACGUUUUAGCUGCUCUGUGUUGAAAAUUCUAAGAUUGAGUACUGAGACUGAAAUAAAUGUAUGUAAUCAUU